CACUAACAUGCAAAAUGCCGCACACUCUCAAAUUAAGCGAAAUAAAGACAAAUAUAACAACAAUUAUACAAAAUCUACAACAAUUGGAAACUUUGGGAAGCUCUUCAAACAAUAACUUCAAUGCAGACGAAUCCGCAACGCUGCAGCAGCAGACAACUGCGUUGUUGUCGAGUCUCGAGGAGUUGCCGGCAAAACAAAUUGCACGCCUGCAAUUGCAGCGCAGGCGACGACGUCAACAAAUAAAGCGAAAAUGCAAACAACAAAAGCGCGUCAAUCGAGCAUAUGCAAGGCAUUUCAAGGACACAAAGGUCAUUGCUCAAUCUCUUAGCAAUGAAGCACAACCGUCACAGACUACGACAAAAACAGCACAACACAUUACACUGAAAAAACUACACGAUGCCAACAACAAACUCAAGACAUUCGAUUUACUAGAGCGUCUCUACACUGCGCGCGGUGGAGAGAAAGACUUGAACCAAAGACUUAGCCGAAUGCGCGCAGUUUGGAGACGCGUUAAGCAGGAGUGCGAAAAUGCAACAGGUGGAGAAACUUCGCUGAACUUGGAGGCACAGUGGGACCAAGUUAUAUUUGGAAAUUCAUGCACUGCAUUUGAGCAUCGUCGUAGCCAGAGAAAACAGCAUCUACAGCAGCUUAUACAAUGCCGAUUCGUAUGGGACUCGUAUAUAAGCAAUGGUAGUGACGCAACUUCCAUACCCAGUAGUUGGGUGUUACCACCUGAGAACCCGUCGCCAGAAUGGGCUGAAUUUCUUUGUGAAUAAAGCAUACCAAAGUAUUUACAAUACAUAAUGUGGAAUUUUUAAUUCUUUUAAAGAAUCUCGGUGUUAGUCUUAGAAACACAUUAAAAUGCAAAUUCUACACAUGCACAUCUAUCAUUUAUUCGUAAAUCCAAUCGCUGGCAGCUGGGGUCCAGGUGACGAGCUCCUUCUCGUUGAACCACAGUGCAAUCUCCUUCUCGGCAGACUCGACAGCAUCCGAGCCGUGGAUGAUGUUGCGGCCAACCUGGAUGCAGAAAUCACCACGAAUGGUGCCGGGCAAGGAGUCGGCGGGGUUGGUGGCGCCCAACAUUUGACGGCCGGUCUUGACCACAUUGAGACCCUCCCACACCAUGGGAACCACUGGACCGGAGUUCAUGUAGUUGACCAAACCG